AUGGAUACAGAAAACCUACAUCCCGGCAAGGAGCGGAAGGUGGUGCUGAUCACGGCGCGGGUCCAUCCUGGGGAGACCCCGUCCUCCUUCGUCUGCCAAGGGAUCAUCGAUUUCCUGGUCGGCCAGCACCCCGUGGCCAAGGCCCUCAGAGACCGGCUGGUCUUCAAGAUCGCCCCUAUGCUCAACCCGGAUGGCGUCUGCCUUGGCAACUACCGGUCCUCCCUGAUGGGGUUUGACCUGAAUCGCCACUGGCUGGAUCCAUCCCCCUGGGCCCACCCUACGCUGCACUACAUCAAGCAGCAGAUCGUUCACAUGACCAAAGACCCGCACACGAGCCUGCAGUUUUAUAUCGACAUCCACGCCCACUCCACCAAGAUAAACAGCUUCAUGUACGGGAACGUCUUCGAGGAUGAGAGACGAUGCCAGAGGCAGCUCCUGUUUCCCAGACUCCUCUGCCAGAACGCGCCAGACUUCUCCUAUUCCGGCACGUCCUUCAACCGCGACGCGGCCAAGGCCGGCACCGGCCGCCGGUCCCUGGCCGGGCUCCUGGACGAGAUGUCCCUCUGCUACACGCUGGAGGUGUCCUUCUGCGGCUACGCGGCCGAGGGCAGCGGGGAGACCGUGCCCUACACCGAGGACACCUACAUGAGGCUGGGGAGGAACGUGGCCAAGACCUUCUUCGAUUACUACCGCCUGCCCCCGCCGCGGGCCGAGACGCCCUCCUUCCGGCAGGACCGGGCACCCGGCCCCUCGCACCCCGGGGCCCCCGGACGCUGGUGCGGCUGCAGGAGCUCGGCCACCCGCCAAGACCCAUCCGCUCCCUCCUAGGGCCGGACCGGAGGCCCGGCCGGCUCUGCGGGUCCCUUCUCCGUCAACCCCCUGCCUCCCCGACGUCCCGUCUCCUCGUCGGUUCCCUACCCGGGUCUGCAGCUCCCGCGCAUGUCUCACGCAUUCUGAGGUUCGUUCCCCCCCUAAAAUAAAGACUCACAUCUCCCCUG